CGGGAACCCAAUUAGGCAUUCUUGGUGGGCACCCGGAUGUCGGUCAAGGCAAAAGCUGGACGUAGUAUAAACCGGGCGAUCGCCCGACGAUGGUUGUUCUGCUGUGUUGUAUAGUCGCAAAUCAUUCUGUCACAUAGAAAUCAAUAUGUCGGCUUCUGAGAGUGAAUCAUACACAUUUACCAGUUAUUGCCAAUCUCCGGCCGAAACCAACGAAAACGGCCGUCAGGAUGCUCACGAAGCGAACAUGGGUCGCAAAAUAGCGUCCCAUUUAAACGAUGAUAUCAGACCGACAGUGUUUGCCGAGGUUCAGCUAUUGCUUUUGACAUUCUGUACAGGAAUACAAGACGCCACGACAUUCCCUGACUACCACUGCUUUGCCUCGAAUCAAACAGGCAAUACGGUGUUUCUAUGCCUUGCCCUGAUCCUGCCGGAAUUUAAUGGUGAAAUGUUCGUUACCCCCAACAUUGGUGUUGCACUGGGUUUAUUUCUUGGCGCUGGAUGGCUCACUGGGCAACUGAGUCAUCUUAUUGGCCCCCGAAAGCGAUGGUGGCUGCUCCUUUGUAAUCUGAUACAAGCCGGACUAGUCUUUGGAGCUGCCGCUAUGCAAUAUCAAUUCGGGGUUGCAGAGAAAGGCACAUACGCAUUAAUUGUCAUUGGCUUGUUGGCAUUUGCAUCUGGCAGUCAAGUUGUUCAGUCUCGAAGUCUAGCCAUGACUGAAAUCAGCACAGCCAUGGCUACAGCAGCGUGGGUGGACUUGAUGAUUGAUAAGGACCUUUUUGUCCUCAAAAACCGUCCUAGAACUAGGCGAGUUGCUUUUCUCGCAGCCCUCAUUGCUGGUUCGCUUGCGGGUGCAGGCAUCUAUCGACAUGUUGGCUCCGCUGCCGCCAUCGCAGUCUCUGCAGCUGGUAAACUGAUUGUUACCAUCAUGUACUUGUUUACAAACGCCGAAAUGGAUCAGAAGCAUUGUAACGAUAUUUACGAUAAUGAGAGAAAAGUUUGAAUGGUUUCCGUCUGCAUUUACACUAGCAUAGCAUCUUUGACGAUACCCGGGCACUGUGGAGCUCUGGCAGAAGCGAUCUAACCUUGCUUUGUUUUUUUUGUUGAUAGAAGGCGUUCCCUUUAAAUAGUUUCACUCAGCAUGCUACAUUUUAGCGUGGAAAUAAGACAC